GACAUUUUUGAUGAGGACGUUUCUGAUGAGGACGGUUCUGAUGGGGAUGGUUCUUUUGAGGGCCAUUCUACUUCAGUUCAGUCUGCCACUUUCUCGCCCGAUGGUCUGCUAGAAUCUGGCUCUGAUGGUGAGACCAAUAAGCUCUGGGAUCCCAGUACAGGCGAGCUGCGCAGGACCCUUAAGGGCCAUUCUGGUUGGGUUUGGUCGGUCACUUUCUCACCUGAUGGUCGGCUGCUGGCAUCCGGCUCUGCUGAUAAGUCUGUCAAGCUUUGGGAUCCCAGUACAGGCGAGCUGCGCCAAACCCUUGAGGGCCAUUCUCGUUGGGUUCUGUCGGUUACUUUCUCACCUGACUGUCGGCUGCUCGCAUCCGGCUCUGCUGAUAAGACCAUCAAGCUCUGGGAUCCCAGCGCAGGCGAGACCCUUGAGGGCCAUUCUGGUAGGGUUCUGUCCAUCACCUUCUCACCUGAUGGUCGGCUGUUGGCUUCCGGCUCUUCUGAUAAGACCAUUAAGCUCUGGGAUCCCAGUACAGGCGAGCUGCGCAAAACCCUUAAGAGCCAUUCUGGUUCAGUUGGUUCUGUCAAUUUCUCGCCUGAUGGUCGGCUGCUGGCAUCCGGCUCUGUUGAUAAGACUAUCAAGCUCUGGGAUCCCAGUACAGGCGAGCUGCACCAGACGCUUAAAGGCCAUUCUGGUUGGGUUGAGUGUGUUACUUUCUCACCUGAUGGCCGGCUGCUAGCAUCCGGCUCUGCUGAUUGGACUAUCAAGCUCUGGAAUCUCAGUACAGGCGAGCUGCGCCAGACCCUUAAGGGUCAUUCUUCUUGGGUUAUAUCCGUCGCUUUCUCACCUGAUAGUCGGCUGCUGGCAUCCGGCUCUGCUGAUAAGACUAUUAAGCUCUGGGAUCUCAGUACAGGCGAGCUGCACCAGACCCUUGAGGGCCAUUCCGAUUGUGUUUGGUCAGUCACUUUCUCUUCUGAUAAUCGGCUGCUGGCAUCCGGCUCUUCUGAUAAGACCAUCAAGCUCUGGGAUCCCAGUAUAGGCGAGCUGCGCAGGACCCUUAAGAGCCAUUCUGGUUGGGUUCGGUCGGUCACUUUCUCACCUGAUGGUCGGCUCCUGGCAUCCGGGUCUGCUGAUAAGUCUGUCAAGCUCUGGGAUCCCAGUACAGGCGAGCUGCACCAGACCCUUGAGGGUCAUUCUUUUUGGGCUUGGUCUGAAAAAAAUGUUAAUAUAUCAAUCCAAGACCAUCAGUGGAUAUGCCUUCAAGGUAAAAGGAUUCUGUGGCUUCCUGCAGAGUACCGAGCGAAAAGUUUGGCAUUGAAAGGUAGUGUCCUUGCGCUCGGCCAUGAAAAUGGACGGAUCUCCUUCAUCUCAUAUAGUCACAUGUAG